AUGCUCCCAGAUACAGGAAAUAUCUCAAAUUCAACUGCGUUCAUUUCAGACAGCAAGGUGAUUCCUGCCGUGUCGGUAAUCCAAACACCAAUAGACGUGGUUUCAGAGACAGAAUCUGAAGCGUCACUGCCCCAAGCGGCUCACAGUGUGAGCCCCGUUGCUCCUCAACCAAUGCUCUCGCAGCGUAAAUGUGAGACCUCUCGCGCGAAACGGACAUUGGCCGCUUUCUCGCUGGAGGGCAAGGUUUGUGUUGUGACAGGAGGUGCGUCGGGAAUCGGUUUGGGAAUCUGCAAGUCUAUCCUCGAGAGUGGUGGACAGGUAGCUAUUGUCGAUUUGAAUGUUGUUGCUGCGCAUGAACAGGCAAAGCAAUUGGUCGAGACAUAUGAACAAGAAAACCACGAAGAAGUGUCGCCUCUUGUCACUUCUCACGCUGCCGACGUUGCAUCUCCCGCCUCCAUCGAUCUCGCUAUAAACUCCGUCCUCAGCAAACAUGGUCAUAUUGAUCACCUAGUCACCUGCGCCGGUAUAUGUGAGAACAUCUCUGCGAUCGAUUAUCCUCAUUCCCGCAUGCAGAAGCUUUGGUCAAUCAAUGUCGAUGGCUCCUUUUACUUUGCCACUGCAGUAGCCAGACACUUGAUGCAACGCAAGUCGGAGGGUAGCAUUGUACUUAUUGGAAGCAUGUCAGGCAGCAUUGUGAAUGUACCGCAAAUGCAAGCACCGUAUAACAUAUCAAAGGCGGCUGUGAAGCAGAUGGCGAGGACUUUGGGGGUGGAGUGGGCAGAGUACGGGAUCAGGGUUAAUUGUAUUAGUCCGGGAUACGUCAGAACUGCCCUGACCGACGAAAUCAUCAAAUCCAAUCCAGCGCUAUACGCAGAAUGGGUCUCACGCACACCCGUCAAACGUCUUGGUAAACCAUCAGAUAUUGCAGGAGCAGUCGUUUUUUUGUUAUCUGAUCUAAGCACAUACAUGACGGGGUCAGAGAUACUAAUUGAUGGUGGUUACACCUCGAUCUAG